UAUUCAAUAAAAUAUUACUUUUACUUUUUUCUGACUAAAUUAUAUUUAUUAUAUUAUAUAUUUUUCCUAGUCAUUUAGGUUGUUUCCCCCCUGGAUGCAAUUCGGGUUAAAAUUAGCAGCCCUGGAAAGCGAACAGCUGUGUUUUGUGUUUUGGUAUUGUAUUUUGUGCGGUAAGAGUUGCAAAAGACAACGUGCCUUGAAAUAGAAAAUAAAUCAAAUUUUGUUGCCAGUUAAAAAUUAGACACGGUAUCAUGUUACAUUUGAGUCGCAAUGCGAGUUACAGCAUCUGCCGCCGGAGUUUUUAUCGAUCAGUAUCCACAUGGACGCCAUUGACUACGGCUUUUAAUACUCUGCCUACCAAACGGAUCAACUUCACCCGGGACGAUGUGGGCCUCUUUCGACUGCCAGAGUUGCGUAGCUCCGAAGGUUUUUACUUACUUCGGGACAAUGUGGAAAGCAGGACGCAGGAACUCAUUGAGGAAGCCAUCUCCCAGCAACGGAUCAGAAAGAUGGUCGAUAUUUUCGACGAACUCUCCGAUUCGCUGUGCAAAGUAGCCGACUUGGCGGAGUUUGUAAGGAUCGCGCAUCCAAAGCGCAAGUACACUCAGUCUGCAGAGGAAGCCUGCAUCAGUAUUUGCAGUGUGGUCGAGAGCCUUAACACACAUAAGCCACUUUACCAAGCAUUGAGUAAAGUCGUUCAACAUGGCGAUACGCAGCCCACCAGCGAAGUUGACCAGCAUGUGGCGAGACUGUUCUUAUUUGACUUUGAGCAGUGCGGAAUUCACCUUCCAGAACAAGAGCGCCUGCGAGUGGUCAGACUUAAUGACGCGAUUCUCCAACUGGGCCAAAAGUUUAUGAACGGAGCAGUACAGCCUAGCAUUCUUCCGCGUAGCUAUGUUCCAGAGGCCAUCAGAAAUUAUUUUCCCACCUCAGGUGAAAAUGUUAUAAUCACAGGCCUGUGUACAAAUGCAGAAAAUGUACGAAUGCGAGAAGCGGCUUACCGGCUAUACCUUCAGCCAUUCGAAACUCAGGAGAGUUUGCUAAGAGACCUGCUGCUUUGCCGUUAUGAGCUUGCCCGUAGCUGUGGAUUUGAAACUUACGCUCAUCGCGCUCUCAACGGCAGCACAAUGGAGCGGCCCGAAAGGGUCCAAGAAUUUAUUGAUGUGCUGUCAGAGAAACUGCGGCCACGCGCUGACGCAGAUUUUGCACUUAUGUCCGAAAUGAAGCAACGGGAGAGCGGAGAAGUCGGCGUUUUUGUUGAAGUUUGGGAUACACCUUACUUUACAACCCAGUUAAAGCGGCAAUCACUUGAGGAACAGGCCAACGAAUUUCUCCCGUAUUUCUCAUUAGGUGGCUGUAUGGACGGCCUGGACAACCUACUGCAUGCUCUUUAUGGCGUUCGCCUGCAAAACACUGACAUGGAGCCAGGCGAGUCCUGGCAUAACGACAUCUACAAACUGGCCGUGGUUCACGAGGAAGAAGGACUUUUGGGUUACAUUUACUGUGACUUUUUUGAACGAGCAGGAAAGCCCAAUCAAGACUGCCAUUUCACCAUCCAAGGGGGAAAACGUCUGCCCGACGGCACCUACCAAUUGCCCAUUGUGGUGGUAAUGUUGGGACUGCCGCAGCCCCGCUGGAGCGGUCCAACACUUUUAUCUCCUGCUCGAGUGGACAACUUGUUUCAUGAAAUGGGUCAUGCCAUGCACUCGAUGCUAGCCCGUACAGAAUACCAGCAUGUGACGGGUACGAGAUGUUCCACCGACUUUGCGGAGGUUCCUAGCGUACUCAUGGAAUACUUUGCCGGCGAUCCGCGGGUGCUACGCACUUUUGCUCGACAUUUUCAAACUAACGAACCCAUUCCAGAGAACAUGUUGCGGCGACUGUGUGCCUCCAAACAUUUGUUUGCAGCCAGCGAGACACAGCUGCAGGUUUUCUAUUCGGCGUUGGAUCAAAAGUAUCAUUCAACAGCGUCACAGUUGAGUGGCAGUACUACAGAAAUGUUACGAAAGGUUCAGGGCCGGUACUAUGGUCUGCCUUUCGUGGAAAACACCGCCUGGCAGUUGCGAUUCUCCCAUCUGGUCGGCUACGGCGCAAAAUACUACUCAUAUCUAGUCUCAAAGACUAUCGCUUCAUGGAUAUGGCAGACGUACUUUGAGGCGAACCCUUUCAAUCGGCAGGCUGGAGAGAAAUAUCGGAAAGAGAUCCUAGCUCACGGAGGAGCUGUACCCAGCCGCAAGCUGGUGGAUAAUUUCCUUCAACGUGAUAUGACACCAAAUGUACUGGCUGAUAGCCUAAUCACAGAGAUUGAUUCAAACGAAUCUAAGAUUAAGGAUCUAAUAAUCAGUAGGAACUAAUCCGUAUAAUACAUUUAUAUUUAUGGUUUAUUUAUUAUACUUAGUUAACUUUAACGUCCCUA